AUGGCCCCCGCCAAUGACCCCGACCGGGUCGCCAGCAUCAUGCUAUCGUGGCACUCGCUUGACCUCGUCUCAUGCACCACUCUACAGACCCUAUGGGCAGGUUAUGGACAGAUCUGCGCCAUCACCGCCAGAGCUCUCACCAACGAAGCAGCGAAGCAUCUCAGCGCGCUUUGCGGUGUGGAAUCAGGAACCGCUGGGACCACAUACCCUCUCAUCCUCAAGCUCAUCUCGCCGCCAAGGCAAAGUGGCAGCACUGAGGAUGAGGAUGAGGGCCACCUGCGAAAGAUGCUGAGCUACGAGGUGGAGCAGUACUUCUACCAUGAUGUGGUCCCAUGUCUGGGCGACGAGGUCGCCGUUGCGAAAUGCCUUGCCUCGACGCGAGACGUGCGCGGCGAGCAGGAGGGUGAGGAAGAACUCCGCGGUCUGAUGGCUACCAUCAUGGUUGAUCUGCGCAUGAAAUUUCCAGUCGCGGGCGAAAAAAGGAGUGUACUGAACAGCACACAGGUGCGUGGGGCGCUGGAUUGGUUGGCUGGUUUCCAUGGCCGCUCAUGGGGUCUGUUGCUGCCUGAUAGUCUGGAGGAAUAUGUCCUGCCACCGCUUGAAGAAUCUGCCAGACGGCAGCGUGUAGGCAAGCAGGAUACCAUUAUUGGGAGUCGACUGUGGCUUAACGGGGGGUACACGUAUCUCGCGACACGAGGUACAGAGUACGCUUCCCUAGCUCAGGAUACCUGCUCGGAGUGGUGCGAAGCCCUGUGCAGUCCGGCUUCAGAAGGUGCCUCCUCCUCACUAUCCAUUGCCGAAAUGGCUGCAUUGUUCUUAACACCCCGCGGAAGACCCAUUGAGUCGUACAUCCACGGCGACGUCAAGUCGGAGAAUCUCUUCACGACAACGAGUGGAAAACAGGUGGCGUUCUUUGACUUCCAAUACGUGGGCCUCGGUCUUGGAGUCUGUGACCUCGCCAAAUUGUUUACGUGCUCGGUUCCUCUGCGUAUGCUUGUUGAUGAUGCUUGGCAUGAGCAUGAGCCUUUCCCCGAGAAGCUGACCAUGUGUGAGGGCGAGAGGGGACUUCUAACGCGGUACCGCGCACAUCUCCUCCGCAAUCAAGACGAGGGCAUGUAUGAAUGGGAUGCGUUCAGGCGGCAUUGGGAGACGGCACUCGUUGACUGGUGUCGAUUCCAGGCGUCUUGGGGCUUCUGGGGGAAUACAGAGUGGCUUGAGGCCCGUGUGAGAUCUAUCUUGAGUGACCAGGGGUGGAGGGACUGGCUUCAGCAGAAUAUCAGCAAUCCGGAUGAUUGA